AUGCUGUUUAUUGGACGGAUAUUCGCGGGAAUGGGCGAGGGAAUCUUCCUGUCUCCCAUCACAGUCUAUGCGGUUGAAGUGACGCCCGGAAAGGCACGCGGGAGAGUUGCAUCCCUGGUGCAGUUGGGCAUCUGUUUGGGCAUCUGCGCUGGGUACUUCAUUUGCUACGGGAGCUUGAGGAUCGAUAGUUCCUUAUCCUGGAGACUGCCAUUCGCAUGUCAGACACUUAUUGCAAGUGGAAUUUGUGUUGGCUGUCUCUUCCUCCCGCACUCGCCGAGGUGGCUUUUCCAUGUUGGCCGCAAAGAAGAGGCACUAGCAGCGCUUGAAGUUCUUGAAAUAACGAAGAAUUCAACUGAUAUCGAGAAGGAGGAGAUACUGACAUUGAUUCGUGAUGAGGAUUACUCAGACUCCAGAGGAUGGUUCAGAAAAUUGGUUGAUGACACGAAAUUGAUGUUUGAAAAAGAGACAAGAGGGAGGACAUCUCUGGGAGUGUUUAUGAGCGGAAUGCAGCAACUUACCGGAAUUGAUGGGCUUCUUUAUUAUGCUCCUGUGCUGUUUACGCAGGCGGGAUUGAGCAGCACAAAUGCUAGUUUUCUGGCGAGUGGUGUUUCGGGCUUGGUGAACGUUGUUUUUACGAUCAUUGCCCAGUUUUUCACAGACAAGUGGGGACGCCGACCGACUAUGAUAUUUGGCAAUGGUUUCUGUGCUGCGACAAUGGUCGCAAUUGGUGGUAUCUAUGCAUCUGGCGCCAACAGCACCGAGCACGGUCGAUAUGCAGUCAUUGCAUUGAUCUACCUCUUCCUGAUAGGAUUUUGUUCAACAACCGCUAUCAUGUGCAGGAUAUAUGUGACUGAAAUCCAGCCGAUCAAGACGAGAGCAGCUGCUAGUAGUCUUUCAUUAUCGGCAAACUGGAGUGUUAAUUGGGUUGUCGCGUUUACGACGCCGAUGUUCCUGGCGAGUUCAUCCUCGGGGCCAUAUUUCCUGUGGGGAGGGUCCACAUUUUUCGCAGUUUUGAUCUUUAUCUUCUUCAUGCCUGAGACGAAAGGUCGCUCUCUCGAGUCUGUCGACCAGGCAUUCGAGACAUCGCCACUCCAAGAUAUGAUAAGGAAGCUAUCUGAUAAACGCAAUAAUGCUAAUCCUGAGACGCACCAGAGCGUAGAGAGGGUAGAUGUGUAUGUUGAGGGGGAGAAGUAA